UUUGUACGGGUCAGCCAUUUCUCAGGACAAACAAUGGCAACGUACAAACCCAGCAAAGAGAUCUACAAGAAACAACUGAACUCUAUGCUUGAAUGCUUAGAGAAACAAACAGUACAGUUACACAAUCUAAUCAAUGCAAAUAUCAAUAAGGUGACAGCUAGAACCAGAGAAUGGAUGGAACAAAUCAAAGAUGACAUGACAUUUAAUGACAUCGUGUCAUUGAUAACCUCUGCCAACACGUCUGUCCUCUAUAGCACAGAGGUUAUGGAAGGUAUGAGCUCAGAACAGCAGCAUCUACAAGAACAGGCAGAGCACAGCGAAGGUGAAAACUCACAAGUACAGCAACACAUAUACACAGCCAGCAACGAUACCAACUUUUCCCGUAUACUAACACGACUCGACUCUUUGGAAACAUCGGUGUCGUUACUUCAAAAACACAACAGAGAGCAAAAGUCAGUUGACGCCAACAUAAUUGAAAAUUUGACCAAACAACAAGAAGCGUCACAGCUAAAAAUAGACAAACUUUCAAAGAAACAAAAAACUUUUAAUAAAAACUUUAACCGGAAAAUGAGUGAGGUGGAAAAUGAAAUGCAGGAGAUUCGUGGUACAAUGGAAACUAUGCAGAAAAAGUUGAACACUACGGACAGGAAACUUGAAAGCUGUAUACAAGAGUGUAAUGAAUGUAAGAGCAAUAUCGGCAGAAUAGAUACAGAGAUUAACAACCUAAAAGGCAGAGACGAGUGUAUACAAGAAUUGUCUGAAAAGCAAGUUAUGCUUUGCUCGGUGAUACAGCGAAAACUACUGCCUUUGGAUAAACUCAACAACAUUUGUAGACAGAACUUUGCGUCGAGAGAACAUUACAUAAACCAGCUUCAAAAUAUUAAAGAAGAUAUUGCUAAGCGAACAUCCACGUUUCAAGAAAAUGGUUCUUCAAGCUCAUUUGUUGGAUUCUCUGCGUCAAGAAAUGUGGCAACACUAUACACGAAUCUCAAAGGAUGUAUCGUGCAGAAAUAUGAUGACGUCAGAUGCAAUGCUGGCGGCCAUUUUAAUUCGACAACUGGAGAGUUCACAGCCCCUGCAGGUGGACUCUAUGUUGCUAUUUUUAGCACUCAACAGGAAGAAGCAGACGAGAUCCGCAUGGAGCUGAUCCAUACAUCCGGUGCUACUGAAAACGAGGCCGGUUACAUGGUGACGUCAGUAGCCGAUUCACUGGAGACAACGUCUGCUGUAGUCCACAUGAAAGCUGGUGACACUCUAGUGUUGAAGUACAAUAAUCCCAACAGCCCAGGCGAUGUAAUCACUCAUACACAUUUUUCAUGUUUUAAACUGUAAAAUUUGCAUGUAUCAACAACACGAUGAAUAAAACUAAUGUCCUACAAUGUUGACAUCCCAUUUAAUAUAAUGACUGACACAAAUUUUUCAUGUUUUAAACUGUAAAAUUUCCCUGUAUCAGCAACACGAUGAAUAAAACUAAUGUCCUACAAUGUUGACAUCCCAUUUAAUAUAAUGACUGACACAAAUUUUCAUGUUUUAAACUGUAAAAUUUGCAUGUAUCAACAACACGAUGAAUAAAACUAAUGUCCUACAAUGUUGACAUCCCAAUUAAUAUAAUGACUGACACGAAUUUUUCAUGUUUUAAAAUGUAAAAUUUGCAUGAAUAAAAAACACCUAGAUGAAUAAAAAUAUGUAUAACAAUGUUGACAUCCCAUUCAAAUUCAAUAUAAUCUCUUACAUGAGUAUUUCGUAUCGAACUGUAAAAUUUGCAUAUAUCAACAACAAGAUGAAUAAAAAUAAUGUCCUACAAUAUUGACAUCCCAUUCAGUAUAAUCACAGACACAAGUGUUUCAUGUUUUAAACGGUAAAAUUAGCAGACAUUGGCACAAUUAUAAAAUAUAGACACAAAAAGCUAA